AUGGGUUAUGACAUCCAGCACCCUCCCAUGUCUGAGCUCUCCAAUGUCCCUAUCAUGCCCAGCAGCUCCAAUAGCUCCAACAACACUGUACCUAACGCAUACAACUUCUUCAACAGUCCCUCCACUGUACUACCCACUGGUACCAACACCCUGGACCUUACCUACUCAAUGGUCACCCCAACAACACCCAAACCAACCAUUGACAAACUUUGCAAACAAUUCAAACUGCUAUACCUCAAUGAAUCAUUGAUCCCCAAACAGCCAAACCCCACCUUGGCGUUGUCCAGAGAUAUGGAACCACCAUGGACGUUCAUCAACAAUGAACCGCCAACGUCAACAACCAACAGUCCAACUGUUGCGGAGGCGCUAUCCGGGCCAGACGCAGAGGAAUGGUGGAAGGCAAUGGCCAAGGAGGUCAGCACCCUCAAACAAAUGGGAACAUACAAACUAACAAACCUACUACCCAAAUGCAAGGCAAUGGGGAACAAAUGGGUCCUUGUACUCAAACACAACAAGAACAGCACACCCAUCCAACACAAGGCAAGACUUGUAGCCCAAGGAUUUAGUCAGCAGCCUGGUAUUGAUUUUGACAAGACAUUUGCACCCAUUUACAAUUGGGAUAUACAACAGCUCAAUGUGAACUCAGCUUACCUACAUGCCAAGGUCAACAAAGACCUAUACAUGCAGCAAAUCCCUUAUUUUAGCAACGGCUAUUCCGACGCCAAUUGGGGAAGCAACUUGCUAGAUUGUAAGUCUGUUUCCGGUCAUGUGUUCAUGCUUGGAGGAGCUGCCAUAUCUUGGUCAGCUAAGAAGCAAGCCACUGUCGCUUUAUCGACAAUGGAAGCAGAGUAUAUGGCGUUAUCGCACGCAUGUACUCAAGCUAUGUGGCUCCGUCAAUUUUUUGAGGAACUACAAUACGUUGCUGACACACCAACAUUAAUUGUUUCAGACAACCUUGCUGCGAUUGCUCUAUCCGAAGAAUCGCAAUUCCAUGGACGAUCGAAACACAUCAACAUCCAACACCACUUCAUGCAAGACCUCAUAGAGAAACGCAAGGUAGCUACACUGUACGUACCAUCUAAAGAAAACUUAGCCGACGCUUUCACUAAAGCGUUACCCGCACCACAGUUUAGUUAUCUAAUGCAAGGAAUCAUGGGCAAGCCGAUGAGCGAAGGAUAA